GGGCCACCGUAUUCCGCCCAGGGGAAACUACUUUCACUUUAGUUGGCGGUAGAACCAAAUCAACGGCAGGUGAAAUGUCUCUCUGUGCAUUUAUAAUGAUCCUCUUUUCACCGGGGAUUUUUCAAGAAGGUAAGAAACACGUUGGAUAACUCUUAAAUCUGUGUAUUUAAGUUUGUUUGAGCCGGACGAAGCUGCGCGUUUACGCUUUUAAAGUCGCGUUUUUACGCAUUUCGGUUUUGGCGGUUUUUUCCCCCUAACAUGUUUCCCUAAAAUUCCCAUUAUAUAUGUAAACUGUGUUCCACUGAAAAUAACAUGUUAGCAUAUUCACUCAUGUGCUUCCACAUUAUAACUCGUCGACAGCGGUGAUAUUACAGUUUAUUUCUGCCAUCUGUGCGUAAAAAAGCCUGACAUGCUUUUCCUGCUGAGGAAAUCAAAUCACUGCAACGCUCUGCUACGUAUUCAGGAAUAACCAAUUUGAGUACGUUUUUCAUGAUAAAUUUACCCAGAAAUAAUGAAGUUUGAGAUUAUUUUCAUAUUGAAAUAAACUUUCUGUCUUUCUUCCAGGAUCAGCAGUUCUCGUUCAGACCCAGGAAACAGUGAUGGCAACAGCAGGUGAGGAGGUCUGUUUAAGAUGUCAGCUGAUGGAAUCUAAAGAAGUCCAUCAAGUUACCUGGCAGAAGAGUGUACCUGGUGGAGAGAAGAACAUGGCCACCUACAGCAGAUUCUCUGGUGAAAGAGUGAAUCCUGAUUUUCAAGGUAAAGUGGAGUUCAGAAAAGCUGGACUGCUAAACAGCUCCAUAGUGAUCAAGGAGGUGACAGAGCAGGAUGAAGGAUGCUACCGCUGCUUGUUUAACACUUGGCCUCAUGGUGCUCUCCCCUGUUCCACCUGCCUCAAACUCUAUGGUAAGUACUGUCUCUAUUUAACCAUCCCUUAAGUUGCUUUUAUCAUUUCAAUCCUAAAUAUCUUGUAUUUUCAGAGCUGCAUGGACCUGUUCUUCAGGUCAGAGAAUCAAACUUCUCUGAGGAGGUGAACGUGUCCUGCUGGGCUUCAGCUCGACCCGCUCCCACUGUCACACUAAGAGUCCAACAUCAGGAACUGAACUCCUUCAAACACACCGACAACAAUGAAAAUGGUACAGUCACUGUCAGAGCUACAGCUGUGCUGCAGCGUCGCUUUGAAAACAGCACAGAGGUCGAAUGUGUCGUUCAAGUUCCCUCUGUUCCCCCGAGAUCGGUGUCUGACAUGAUUCCUGAGUUUAAACCACCGUCUGCUGACAGUAAGAAACAUAGUCUCAUAAAUAUAACUUUGUCUUCAUAUGAACUGCUUUUACAUUUUUGAAGUUUCUGCUUUUUUCCCAGAACUUAAAGAGGACAAGACUUUUGCUGGCAUCAUUGUACCUGCUGUGAUAGUGGCAGGAGUACUUGUGGUCUUUGUUUGUCUUGCUGCAGUGUACAUUCGGAGAAAAUACAAGAACAGGUACAGAUUUUACAUCACGCUCACAAGAAACAUUCAAAUACCACAUUCAGAUACCGGUCACUAGGGGGGUUUCUACAUGUUUAGGCCUCAUUGUUCUGCUCAUGAUUUUAUACAGUCUAUUAUAUGAGUGCGGUGACUUGUUUGCAAACUGACACCAUAUUUAAGGUUCUACAUUUUAAGUACUUCUGAUACAAGUGGCUUUUUCAGGACAAGUUAAUAUGUUUUGAUGAUCGACUUUUCUUAAAUUCUUCAGUUUGCCAAAGGAGGACCCGGAGGAGAUCAAAACACCACUGAAACUCCAAGAAGACCAUCAUGGGUAAGACAAUUGAUGUGAUACUUUGACAUGGUAAAGUUUUCAGGCAUGUUCAUGAAUUAAAUCAGAUGUUUUGUUUAAAAAAAACACGAACAGGUACAGAUUUUAUAUCAAGCUCACAAAAAACAUUCCGAUUCAGAGAACAUUCUGCUCAUGACUUUAUACAGUCUAUCAUAUGAGUGUGAUGACUUGUUUGCAAACUGUUCCACAUUUAAUGUUCUACAUUUUAAGUACUUCUGAUGCUAGUGGCUUUAUCGGGACAAUUUAGUAUGUUUUAAUGAUUGACUUUUCUUAAAUUCUUUAGUUUGCCAAAGAAGGACCCAGGGGAGAACCAAACGCCAACUAAACCCACUGGAGUCCAUCAUAAGUAAGACAAUUGAUGUGAUACUUUGACAUAGUAAAGUUUUUCAGUCAUGUUCAGGAGUUAACUCAGAUGUUUUGUUUUUAUUUAAGGACUCAAACUCCAGGGUCAAGCGCUCGCAGGCGAUUGUCUGCUUGGAACCCCAACCGCCCCAGUCUACCAUCUUCUGAAGAGAUCAGUGAACAGAAAACUUUACUGUUUAAUAGCACAGAAUAACACUAUGAGGAAAAUGAAGAACUGUGACCUGAACCUGACUGUGAAAUUAUGUCAGAUGUAAGAAGACACGUCUGUUCUGGUCAUGAGCAGUUCUUCCAGAAAAGUUUGACUUUUGCAUGAAUCACAAAUUUGGAAAAGCACUGUAUCAAUAACAUGUGAUAGAGGGGGAACAAAAAACUCAAUCAGCAAGCUAAAAUAUAGCCUGGCUGGGCCAUCCUGUUGCGUGAAUGGCAAGUGAUUCACGCAACAGGAUGGCCCAGCCAGGCUAGCUAAAAUACUGAUCAAAGAGAGACAACCUAAAAGGAAAAAAACACUACCUUUAAUUUUUUUUACCUCAAAUGUGCCAAUUUCUAUUAGUUUCUUUAAAAUUAUUUGCAGUAUAAUAAUAAAUUAUUUGAAAUGUGAAAAACAAAGCGAUCAAAGAACAUGAUUGAUUGUCGAGGUUUUUACUUGAUGUUUGGAGCGGUUUUGUGAUUUGGGUAAACUUUAGACUGUAUUGCAAUGUCUGCUCACUCUUACCUUUAAACUUGAAUUUCCGUGUUUUAAAGUUGUUUUUCUCUCUCUUUGCUGCUUUUAUAUUUGCCUCACUGUAUAUUUUACUAUAAAUAAUCCAUCAAAUGAAUGUAAAC